AGAAAAAUGGUAAGCGUGGAAAUGAAUUACUCAAUUAAUCAAGCAAGCGGGGAUGGAGGGAUCGCUGAAGAAAAAAAUAGCAGUCCGGUCUCCAGUCAAAGUGUGUAUAUAUAUAUAUAUAUAUAUCUACACACAUCAAGCAAAUUUAUUGGGUGCAAAUCAAAGAAAAGAAAAGCGAUGGCGAUUGUGAUUGCGUUUGCUUCCAAGCUCUGCUACUGUUUCUUACUCCUCCUUUUCUCACUCCUCGCCGUGAGCUCUUCCUUCCAAGAACCGGCCCCGCCAAGCCCACCUUCACCGUCUGUGUACGAGAUCCUCCCGUUGUACGGUCUCCCCCGCGGACUGUUACCCGAUUCUGUGGUCAGCUACACGCUCGCCGAUGACGGUCGAUUCGAGGUCACUCUGGAGAAGGAGUGCUACAUCGAGUUCGACUAUCUGGUCUACUACGACAAGAAGAUCUCCGGGGUGCUGAACCUGGGCUCCAUUACCGACCUGAAGGGGAUCCAGGUGCAGAGAUUCUACUUCCUGUGGUUCAAUGUCGACGAGAUCAAAGUUGACUUGCCGCCUUCCGACAGCAUAUAUUUCAAGGUUGGGAUUAUUAGCAAGGAGCUCGAUGUGGAUCAAUUCUUGACGGUUCGUUCGUGCAGGGAUAAAGCCGUGUCCCUGAGGCAGCCCGUCCUUGAGCCUGUGGCAUCGGUGAAUCCGAUGAUGAUGAAGAAUUGAGGGUCUACAAAAGCAAAUGAGGGGGCAAAGAUUAGAUGGAUGGAUGUUCGUGUGCAUUUAUUAUGGAUGCAAACUUGACCACCCUUGUUCAAAAAUCCUGUAAUUGGGUUUUGGUUUUACUUCAGAGGCCUUUGGUUUCCCCAAACUGGUUCGUUCGUUCGUUCGUUCUUGUGCAUGUGGGGGUUUGCAGUGUAGAGCGAAUGGGACUUGUUGUCAAUUUUAAUUAGUAAAAUGGAGCUGAGCUGGGCCGGGCGGGCUGGUAGGGAGGAGUGUAUGUAACAAGUGUGCGUGUAAGAGUUGUGGAAUUUCUUUGGCCUCAAAUUGGAUGAGCUCUGAUCAUCAUUAUCAUCACUCACUUGGCAACUGUCCUUCCUGAUUGCCACAACUUAUUAAGUUAGUUGGAAACACAAUUGAGUUGAGUUGUGUUGUUUUGUUUUUGUACUCGUGUGUGUGCCCUGCAUGCUGUUGCCGAAGAAGUGAGUGAGGAGGAGGAUUCAAUGGGGACCUCGGCUCUUUUGUUACAACAUGCAUUGCAUGCUUCUUUGGUGAAUCCAAGCCCUGCUGCCCAUAAUAGAUAUCCAUAUUCCAUGCAUGCACUAGAACACAUGUCUUUGUUGCAUCCUCCUUUGAUAUGUUGUUUUGUCCAGUGAAAGCAAUUUCUUUACUCUCUGUUAUUUUACUGCUACCACCCAUUCUGUUUUCUUUUUCUUUUUCU